CACGCGGUGUGCAAAGGAAGCCACCGAAGUGACGAGGACCCGCCGUGGGAGAACAGGACCCAAAGAAGGGACACAAGGAUCCGACAUGGACAACCCAAGGACGAGCGACGCACAGCCUCUAGAGGCAGAGGAUGGCACGGAAGGGCAUCCUAGGUGUGCGUCGCCGCCCAGCUCAAGGCAACCACGGUCCACGACCAGCCAACCACCAGCAAGCCACCACUCUCCGACCCCGCAAGCAGAACCGGGCAACACCACGCAGCCUGGACCAUCAACAGGAGCCGUACCACGACCACCCAGGCCACCUAGGCCAUCCCGCCGUCGGGCCCGCCCCGAAGGCCCACCGUCGCCCCGCCGGGCGACAACCAUGACCUGGGCAUGGCUCAACGACGUCGUCCAUCCGAACACGUCACGAAACAACCUGGCUGGGAUCAUCACAGUGGAGGCGAUGCGGCCAUCGGACUCAGACGAGGAGGUCCGAGCAGGCCGGGCCCAGCGGGAGCCACCAAGACGCCUACGCCGCCGCAAGCAUCCAGGCCAAGGAACAGGCACCGCCGUCACCCCACGCGCGACUCGAAGACGCGUCGAGCCAGGACACGUCAACCUGGACCCCAACUCCGAGGGGCAGAGCAGCUCCCCAGUCGCGCCCAAACUGCGGCUGCGGUCCCCACCACCACCGCCCUAUUACCUGUACCGCAUGGGAGAACCGCUGACCCCACGGCCGAGCUACGACAGCAGCUCCGACGAAGGGUUCACCAGCCCCACGAUGGAGGCCGACAAGCACUGGGAGCCGACCUGCCAGGCAAGCACCGAUGAAGAGUUCUUGCACGACCGACGCUUCAGAAAAGCGGGUGGCCGCCCAUGGGUCAAGCACUCCGUCCGGGAGCUAAACCGCCAACUGGAGGCCGAGCGGGCCACGUCGGGCCCAUACUCGGACGUGAGCGAGGACGAAGAUGGGCCGGCCAACUGCCAGAAGAACACUCCAGCCAACAUCGCGGUUGACGUGGCACCUUGGACCACCUGGAAGGACGCCGACAGGACCCUGCAACUGCUGCUCGCCCAUCCACGGCCCAUCACCCCACCCGGGCCCGAGAGGGAGAUCAUCCCCGCGUCGGACAACGACACAACAAGCGACGACGAGGUACAGCUCCUAGGAGAGGACGACACCACUCCGCUACGGAUCCGCGACGGCAGUCUGGGCGAUGCGCUGCCCCGACGGCUCCGGAACCUCGGCCUUCAGGAUAAACACGAGCCACCCAGACACGUAACCGGCAAUGAGCUGCCCCAACUGCUCCAGGAACUCGGCCUGGGGGACGGACCCGUGUCCCCGAUACCCAGGGAUGACGGAGACGAGGAGGUAGUCUGGAUCCUCUUCUUAUCUGGUAUCUCUUCUUAUACUCUGUAACGCACCUGCUUCUUGGUUCGCUUGAGUUUGCUGGGCUCGCUCAGCGGUCGGCCGGCUAAUAAUGAAAUUAGAUAACAAGCCGUCGGGGCGGUCCCUUCAGGGGAUGGUGUCGUGGUCAGUGUUGUGGAGGCUUAUGCCUUCACACGUUGCUCUAGCUCUUAUAGUCUUUGAGCACUAGGCGCUGAAGGGGACGGACAGACGGA